AUGUUGGAUCGAAAGCUUUUACUGAUUGUUCGACAACGGUUUGGACAAGAAAAUUACAAAAGUCCGUGGAUCCUCCCUCAGUUGAAACAUGAGUCUGGAGAGACCUUACGAGAGACUGCCGAACGUUGCCUGAGGCAAGUAGCAGACGAUAUCAAAGCAUCCUUCUACGGGAAUGCCCCAUUUGCCGUCUUCUCUCACAAAUAUCCUAAGCCACUCAGCGCAGUGCGAUUGGAGAAGGAUGGAGCAAAAAUCUUCUUUUUAAACGCCGUUCUAGAUUCUAGCAGUUCGUUUGCACCGAAUAAGGAAGAGGUGGCUGACUACAAAUGGGUUGUUCGGGAAGAGUUCUGGUCAACAGUGCCCUGUAAGAAGUACAAAUUAUGUGUAAAUAGUGUUGACGUUGGUGACGCCGACGAGACCACGGCGUCACGUGCUGGUUCGGGCAGAGCUUAUAAGAACUGCCAUGGAAACCCUGGUAAACAUGGUUUUCUUGGCAUUCCGUCUUCUUUACCUGGAUUUCCUGUCCGACGUGAUCUUCUCCUGCAAUUAUCGUCGAUUACUUACUCUGCAAAGCCGCAUACCCUCGAUAGUUAUUCGUAG